AUGGACGUUCUGUCGACGAACGGUCCCAACGGGACUCACAGUCCUGCCCUACUAGAGCCAGUCGACCCUCUCCUUGUCCUCGAGCACAUCGCCCAUCUGAUCGAAACCACUCUCGGUGCAGCUCGAAGAGAACUCGAGGCAGUCGGGAGCCUAUUGUCGAAUACCACUCAUGCCGAAUCCCUGAGCAAAUGUGCCCAUUUUGCGCAGGACCCCCAGGCGGCCCUCUAUGCGCAGAAAGACGUCAGGGAAGAGUUGGUUAAUGGCCAUGAUCAGACACCUAAAAUCGAACAUGUCUAUACCCUGUCUUCCGAACUGUCCCCUGCACCUACAACCGUCGCUUCCGUCGCCUUUUUGAAGCUGGCUGGACCCCUCGAUGGCCGAAAAUCUAUCGCUAGUCAAAUCCAGGUCUUUAACCUUCCCGGCUCCUACACGGUCGGUGGAGAGGGUAAUCGCAAUGCCGAGGUUGCCUCACCAUACGAGGUUGUCUAUUCCCUUCUGCACAAUGUCUUGAGCCCCUACUUCGAUGCUUAUACCAGAGUACAUGGCUCGGUCGACCGCAAUUGGUAUGACUCCCAGGCGAAGAGUGGCGUUCCAGGCGCGAAGCGACGAAUGAAGGAGUUGGAAAUGAGUCUGCUGCACCUCCAGCAAAAUACAGAUAUACCCUUGGUCCAUUUGCCAAUGCACGAAGUGGUCAUGGAGGCUCUACACGACGCAGCAGCUCAGAGUAUCUCCCCUUCUGUCCAGCUGAUACCGGCGCACGUCCUUGAAAACAGUACUGUUCUGAACAGUAUCCAGAAUCAUGUCAACGGCUGGAUCAAAUCAAUCCAGGGUGUCACCAAGCUCGCCAAGGAUGGCCCUUCAACUCAGUACUCCGCGGCACAGGAGAUCAAUUUCUGGCUAUCGCUCGAGUCUGCCUUGAAUAAGUUGGAGGACGAGCGACAUUCUGACGGCGUCAGGUUGACCCUGGAUAUUCUCAAGAAGGCCAAACGACAACAGGCUGUGGUCAGUUUCGAAACCGACACCGGAUUGAAAGAUGCACUUGAGACCGUCCGCAAUUACAAUACUCUCAUGCGAGAUUUCCCCUUGGAUGAACUGUCUUCCGCCACCUCGCUUGGAAAAGUGGCAGAGGCCCUAGUGCUGAUCUUCAACCAUCUGAACAAGAAAUGGAGGGUCUGUAACUACCCCAUCCGCCGCGCACUGAAGUUGGUGGAGGGCAUCUCCGAGGACAUGAAUGAACAAAUCCACAACCUUCUCCGGGGCCGGUCGAUCAUGUCACUGUCCUGGUCGGAAUUCACUGAUCUGAUGAGUUCGGUCAACCUGAUCUGGGAAACCUGGGAUGACCAGAUAAAGAGCUUCACUGCUGUUGCCCGAGAGAUAACGAGACGAAAGAACACGGACUUUGUACCCGUCAAGGUGGUGCCGAGGCAUGCGAAGACCCAAGAACGUCUGCGGUACGUCAAUCGAUUUCGAAACGACCACGAGCAGCUACAACGUACCAUUGUCAGCGUCCUUGGAACCAAGGCCCGCGCGAACGGCCUCACACGGACACCAGACGAAGGUGGCGCUGCGAUCAUCGAGGAGCUUGGAGACGUGGAUGCGGUGGAGGAAGUCAAAGCUGCGUACGAAGUUGUCCGACAUGUGGAUGUCUUGGAUGUCACAACCAAAGGCACAGAAGUCUGGGUUCAGGCCGAAUUGCAAUACACAGAACGGACAUCUCGCGUGGAAGACUCGAUUAUCACUAGGCUGAGAGAUCGCUUAGGCAAGGCAAAGACCGCAAACGAGAUGUUCCGUGUUUUCGAAAAGUUCAACCCGUUGCUAGUACGUCCGAAAGUUCGAGGUGCAAUAGCAGCAUAUCAGACUCAGCUCCUGGACAACGUAAAGAACGCCAUAGCUUCUCUUCACGAACGGUUCAAGCAGCAGUAUGGCGGUUCUGAGGCGCAGAUGAUGGCUCAGCUUCGCGACAUUCCGCCAGUGGCAGGUGCCAUACUCUGGGUCCGCCAGAUUGAGUCGCAGCUGAAUAACUACAUGUCCAAAGUCCAAGCCGUACUAGGCGAAGAGUGGAUGCUGCAUACUGACGGCGAGAAAUUGCAGACCGAGAGUAACAUGUUCCGAAAGAAACUCUCAACGAGAGAAAUCUACGGCGCAUGGCUCCAGGAUAUCCAGUCACGGGAUAUCUCAGUGACUGGGCGGCUUUUCAUGAUUCUGCGAAGUCGAAGUGCCAAUGGCGCUCUGGAACUCAGUGUCAAUUUCGACAACCAUGCCAUCUCAUUAUUCAAGGAGGUCAGGAAUCUCACGUGGCUGAAUUACCAGAUCCCGCACCGCAUUACCACUACGGCCAAACAGGCUCAACGUGUGUACCCCUAUGCCUUGAGCCUGAUGGAAAGUGUUGCAGGAUAUUUCUCCGCCGUUCGGGUCAUCCAGGAGAUGCCAAACGUCACGCCCCUGAUGGCAGGCUAUGAGAAAGAAGUACAGAACCUCUUCUCUACUGGGGUGCGAUUGCGGUGGGAUUCCUUCAUUCACUCGUACGAAUUGCACAUCAAAGGAAAAUCGACGAGUAAUGACUCUGCGCAUGUGCAAUAUGUGCGUGACAUGGCCACGGCUGUUACCACACUUCAGAACAAGACUGCAACCGUAAGGGGGCUUGACCAAGCCAUUCAGCUCGCGCUAUCGGAAAUGAAGACCUGCCGGUACUCGGCAGAGAACUUCCAAGGCCAGAUGGACGUUAUCCAGAAUGCCGUGGACAAGAUGAACUUGGAAAACUAUGCGAAUCUCUCGACUUGGGUCAGUGAUCUGAACCUGCAGCUGCGGCAGAUUCUUGAAGAACGGCUUCAACAAGCCCUGCAACAUUGGACAAGCUCUUUCCCCUCAGAAGCACAAGAAAACACUCCAGCCAUCUACUCUGCGGCAGAAGACAAGGUCUAUGAUGUCCGCUUCCCCCAAUUGCAGAUCGAAAUCAUGAUGAACAACCAGACUGUAUUCGUCGAUCCGCCGCUGAACUACAUCAAAGCAUCUUGGAUACAACAACUGGAAGAUUGGUUGGAUGUGUUGUGCCAUUUGCCUCAAAUUAGAGCGUCUCGUUAUCAAGUCACUGCAGAUGCUAGUUCAGCGCAGUCGACGCCUACAUUUACAGAUCUACCCUUGCAAAACGUGGAGUCGCUACAGAAAGCAUACAAUGCGAUCGUCAGCAGGAUCGAUGCUAUGGCUACAUAUCUCGAAGAAUGGUACACAUAUCAAAACCUCUGGGACCUCCGCAGCGAGCAAUUGCACGAAAGCCUAGGCGAUGACCUUGCGCAGUGGCAUCAGCUACUUCAGGAAGUGCGCCACGCCCGGUCAACCUUUGACACCUCCGAAGGACGAAAAACCUUUGGGAGCGUGACUUUUGACUAUGAGCAGGUGCAGUCAAAAAUUACCCAAAAGUAUGACCAAUGGCAGCAUGAGAUCACGAGCAAGUUCGGCAGCAUUCUUGGUAACCGCAUGGCGGAAGUGUUUACUGACAUGCAGCGGGCUCGCCUUGAGCUUGAAAACCAGUCACUCGAAGCCUCCUCUACUGCGCAAGCUGUGACAUUCAUCACGACUGUACAGCAAUGUCGCCGAAAUGCAGCUCUGUGGGGACCCGAGGUGGAAAUCUUCAGGCAGGGACAGACGACUCUCUCCAGACAACGGUACAAUUUUGGUAAUGACUGGCUCUCGGCCAAUCAGGUGAGCGAUGAAUGGGAUGCCUUUGAGGAGAUCCUCACUCGCAAGAGCAAAGUCAUCGAGGACCAGACGGACGCUCUGCGGGCCAACAUCAUCGCUGAAGAUCGCGUCAUUACUGGCCGCAUCACUGAUGUUGUUGCCAAAUGGUCCGAAGAGAAGCCUGUGUCAGGAACUAUCCCGCCGAACGACGCAGCUGAGCUCUUGCGGUCUUACCAAGUUCGGAUGGAGAAGCUUCAGAGUGAGGCUGAGACGGUGUUGAGAGCAAAAGAAGCCCUUGCGCUGCCCUUGACAAGAGAUAGUGCCUUACCAGCCGCCUUGGAGGAAGUCAGUGAUUUCAAGUCCGUCUGGUCUGCCCUGUCCACCAUCUGGCAGAGCAUCAACGAGCUGCGUGACACGCUGUGGACAAGUUUGCAGCCCAGGAAGCUUCGUCAAUCGCUGGAUGGUCUGGUCAAGAUGACAAAAGAGAUGCCUAGCCGCAUGCGACAAUAUGCUGCCUUUGAGCACGUUCAAAAUGUCCUACGGCAGUUGAUCAAGGCAGGCCCCCUUCUGAACGACCUCAAGUCUGAUGCAAUUCGAGAACGGCAUUGGCAAAAGAUCUACAAAGCUCUGAGGCCGAACAAACGAUAUUCGGAAGUCUCUAUGACUUUGGGAGAUGUGUGGGAUCUCCAAUUGGUCACCAGCGAAGCGACUAUUCGAGAUAUCAUCGCGCAAGCCAGAGGAGAGCUGGCGCUUGAAGAGUUCAUCAGACAAGUACGCGAAACGUGGCAGAGCUAUCCGCUCGAGCUUGUCAACUAUCAGAACAAGUGUCGGCUCAUUCGCGGCUGGGACGACCUUUUCACGAAAUGCAGCGAGAACCUCAACUCUCUUCAAGCAAUGCGACACUCACCUUAUUACAAGGAGUUUGAGGAGGAGGCCUCGGCAUGGGAGGACAAGCUAAAUAGAGUCCAUGUUUUGUUUGAUGUUUGGAUCGACGUUCAGCGACAGUGGGUCUACUUGGAGGGCGUUUUCACCGGCAACAACGACAUCAAACACCUGCUACCCACAGAGUCCAGCAGAUUCUCGAACAUCAACACUGAGUUUUCUGCAGUGAUGAAAAAGGUCUACAAAUCUCCAUUUGUAAUGGAUGUUCUUGGAAUUCCUGGGGUACAGAAGUCCCUGGAGCGCCUUGCCGAGCUCUUGAGCAAGAUCCAAAAGGCUCUUGGGGAGUAUCUUGAACGAGAGCGUGUCUCGUUUCCUCGGUUCUACUUUGUUGGAGAUGAGGAUCUGCUUGAAAUCAUCGGGAACAGUAACGACACUGCGCGUGUGGCAAAACACUUGAAAAAGAUGUUUGCCGGUAUUUCCGGUGCUGAAGUCAGUGAAAACAGCAUCAUCACAGCAGUGACCUCAAAGGAAGGCGAAAUUGUCCAGCUCAAAAAAGAGGUGUCUCUGAUUAAGCUGCCCAAAAUCAACGACUGGCUCACUGCGCUUGACAACAGUGUCAAGCAAACGCUAGCCGAAUUACUCGCGGAGGCUACCAGUGCAUUCCGCCCGCUUUUCACCGCCCCCGAGCUUGAUGCUGCCCUGUUCCACGAGUACAUGACGAGUUAUCCCGCCCAGAUAAUGAUCCUGGCCGCUCAAGUUGUGUGGACGGACCUUGUUCAAGACGCGCUCGAAGCGGCGGGCGAAGGUUUGUCCAAACUGCACGAGUACGAGGCGAGGCUGCUCACUCUACUGGCUGAAAGUGUAUUGCAUGAUCUCCCGACGUUGGCCCGCAAGAAAUGUGAACACUUCAUUACGGAGGCGGUUCAUCAACGAGAUGUGAUUGCGAAGCUUAUCAAAGCCGAUGCCAGAUCGCCGGGGCACUAUCUAUGGCUGCUCCAAAUGCGCUAUGUGUAUGAUCCCAAUGCAGACCUCAUGAGUCGACUACACAUUGAGAUGGCCAAUGCUGUUCUGGACUACGGUUAUGAGUACCUCGGUGUGCCGGACCGCCUCGUGCGGACUCCCCUUACUGAUCGUUGCUUCCUGACCUUGACACAAGCGCUUUGCCAGAAGCUAGGAGGAUCUCCCUAUGGGCCUGCCGGAACAGGCAAGACGGAGUCGGUCAAGGCGCUAGGUCUUCAGCUUGGACGGUUUACCCUUGUCUUCUGCUGCGAUGACACUUUCGAUUUUCAAGCCAUGGGCCGCAUCUUCCUUGGGCUGUGUCAGGUCGGGGCUUGGGGUUGUUUUGAUGAGUUCAACCGUCUCGAGGAACGGAUCCUCUCUGCAGUCUCGCAACAAAUUCAAAACAUCCAGAUCGGCCUCAAAAACAGCACCCACGAGCAGAAAGCACAGAUUGACCUGGUCGGACGGCGCUUCAGGGUCAACCCCAAUUCUGGACUCUUUAUCACCAUGAAUCCUGGUUACGCUGGACGUUCGAACCUCCCCGACAAUCUGAAGAAGUUGUUCAGAAGCGUGGCCAUGUCGAAGCCUGACAAGGAGCUAAUUGCCGAAGUCAUGCUAUUUUCGCAGGGCUUUAAAGAAGCCAAAGGAAUCUCGUCGCAAGUUGUUCCGUUCUUCGACCAUUGCGCUCAGCGACUUUCCAAACAACCGCACUACGACUUCGGCCUGCGAGCGUUGAAAAGUGUUCUUAUCAGCUCAGGCGGGCUGAAAAGGAUCAGAAUGCGAGUGGAGGAAGAGACUGUUGGCGACGAGCGCAAUCUUGAGCCAGAAAUCAUUGUGCAAAGUAUUCGAGAAACCGUGUCGCCCAAACUCAUCAAGGACGACGUAGAUACCCUAGUGGAGGUCCAGACUGAAGACUUCCCCGGCGUCGAAUAUGUCCCCGCAAAUAUGUCGAAGCUCGUGGAAGCGAUCAAGGAGGUCAUGAGGGAACAACAUUUGACAGAGAGCGAGGCGUGGAUGACCAAGAUUCUGCAGCUCUACCAAAUCCAAAAUAUCCAUCACGGUGUGAUGAUGGUGGGUCAAUCUGCCUCCGGCAAAUCCACGAUGUGGAAAGUACUUCUACAAGCUCUUCAAAAGGUCGAGGGCGUAGAAGGCGUGCACCAUGUUAUUGAUCCGAAAGUCAUGUCGAAAGAGGCUCUUUACGGAAAUCUCGACAACACCACUCGAGAGUGGACAGAUGGACUUUUCACUGCGAUCUUGAGGAAGGUCGUCGACAAUUUACGUGGUGAGGACAGCAAACGACACUGGAUAGUCUUCGACGGCGAUGUCGACCCUGAAUGGGUGGAAAAUCUCAACAGUGUGCUGGAUGAUAACAAGCUCCUUACCCUUCCGAACGGUGAACGCCUGAACCUGCCGGCAAAUGUCCGCAUCAUGUUUGAGGUCGAGAGCCUGAAAUACGCAACCCUGGCCACUGUCAGUCGUUGUGGUAUGGUGUGGUUCUCGGAUGACACUGUCAGUCCGUCAUUGAUGGUUGAUCACUACUUGCAGACGCUCGCCAACCGGACCUUUGAGGACUUGGACGACGAGAUCAAAGCAGCAGGCCUGACCACCAGAGCCCAGGAAACACAGCGGCACAUCGUCGAAACGCUGAGAGCCCUUAUCAAUCGCGACGACUUGUUGCUCAAAGCUCUCUCUGCAGCAACAAACCACAUCCAUAUUAUGGAUUUCACUGCUGCUAGGGCCCUUGAGAGCUUGUUCAGCUUGUUGGCCAAAGCCUGUCGUACGGUGUUAGAGUAUAACAUCUAUCACGCCGAAUUUCCUCUGGACCUCGAACAAACCGAGGCGUUCGUUUCGAAGAAGCUCUUGCUGGCAACGGUGUGGAGCUUUGUAGGUGACGCUUCUCUGAGCAUCCGAAAAGAAUUCGGCGAAUUCCUUGCAACAAUGACCAACGUCGACCUCCCAAGUCUUGACGUUUCCACGUCUCUGAUUGACUAUGACGUGACGCUACCUCACGCUCAAUGGGUCUCCUGGCAGUCACAGGUCCCUACGGUUGACCUGAAUACUCAUUCGAUCACUCAGACAGAUGUCAUCAUCCCAACAGUCGAUACCGUCCGCCACGAAGAAGUUCUGUAUUCUUGGCUGUCAGAGCACAAACCGCUGAUGUUGUGUGGUCCACCGGGAUCUGGAAAGACAAUGACGCUCUUCAGCGCACUCCGAAAACUGCCCGAUAUGGAGGUGGUGGGUCUGAACUUCUCCAGUGCCACACAGCCCGAACUGGUCGUCAAAACAUUUGAGCAAUAUUGUGAGUACAAGAAGACUCUCAACGGAAUGGUCCUCUCCCCGACUCAGCUUGGCCGAUGGUUGGUGAUCUUCUGUGACGAGAUCAAUCUGCCUGCCCCGGACAAAUACGGAACUCAACGUGCGAUCAGUUUCUUGCGGCAGCUCGUGGAGCAGAACGGGUUCUGGCGUCCAUCUGACAAAGUUUGGGUGACUCUGGAACGCAUACAGUUUGUCGGUGCAUGUAAUCCUCCGGAAGAUGUUGGGCGACAUCCAAUGGGAGCGCGUUUCUUGAGACAUGCACCAGUGGUCAUGGUGGACUAUCCUGGUGAAGUCUCAUUGAACCAAAUCUACGGGACCUUCAACAACGCCGCUCUCAAAGUUAUACCGACGUUACGUGGGUUUGCCGACUCACUCACCCGGGCAAUGGUCGAUUUCUAUCUCAAAUCUCAAGCUCGCUUCACCCCAGACAUACAACCACAUUAUGUAUACUCGCCCAGAGAGCUUACUCGGUGGGUUCGUGGCAUUUACGAAGCGAUCGCACCGCUGGAGCACCUGUCACUGGAAGGAUUGAUUCGCAUUUGGGCUCACGAGGCAUUGCGACUUUUCCAGGAUCGUCUCGUGGAACCGGAAGAACGCGCUUGGACAUCAGAUAUGGUCAAACAGACCGCCCUAGAGCACUUCCCAACAGCAGACAUUGACCAAUCAUUGCAAGGUCCAAUCCUUUUUUCGAACUGGCUGUCGAAGAACUAUGUCUCUGUUGAACAGGAGCAGCUCCGCGAAUUCGUCAAAGCUCGCCUCAAGACCUUCUGUGAAGAAGAGGUCGAUGUCCCACUUGUGCUGUUCAAUGAUGUUUUGGAGCAUGCUCUUCGCAUUGACCGAGUCUUCCGACAGCCGCAGGGUCAUCUCAUCCUCAUCGGCACUAGCGGUAGCGGGAAAACCACGCUAUCGAGAUUUGUUGCUUGGAUGAACGGCUUGAGCAUAUUCCAGAUCAAGGUCCAUGGGCGCUAUUCAGCCGAGGACUUCGAUGACGACCUCCGAGGAGUUCUUAGAGCCUGUGGCUGUCGCGGUCAAAAGAUUUGCUUCAUCAUGGACGAAUCCAACGUGCUAGACUCUGGAUUUCUUGAACGGAUGAACACACUGCUCGCCAACGGAGAAGUUCCUGGGCUUUUCGAAGGCGAUGAGUACUCUGCUCUUAUGACAGCUUGUAAAGAAGGGGCACAGCGCCAAGGACUUCUUCUUGAUUCUCAAGAGGAACUUUACAAAUGGUUCACCCAACAGAUUGUCCGCAACCUGCAUGUCGUCUUUACGAUGAACCCUCCCCAAGAGGGAUUAUCAUCGAAAGCUGCUACAAGUCCGGCAUUGUUCAAUCGUUGCGUGCUGAACUGGAUGGGUGACUGGUCUGAUCAAGCUCUCUUCCAGGUUGGGUAUGAGCUCACCCAGUCGAUCGAUUUGGACAAGCCAAAUUUCGCUGCUCCCAGUGGCCUCCCCAUCGCAUACCGCGACCUUUCGCUCCCGGCAUCACAUCGAGACACGGUUAUCAAUGCAAUGGUGCAUAUCCACUAUUCUGUCCAAAUGACCAAUGAUCGCCUGGAGAAACAGCAUGGCAUCGUCACAUAUCUUACACCUCGGCACUAUCUGGACUUCGUGACACAAUUCCAAAGACUUUUCCGGGAAAAGCGCGAAGACCUCGAAGAACAGCAACGACAUCUGAACGUGGGUCUCGAGAAGCUUCGGGACACUGUCGACAAAGUACGCGACCUGAGAGCUAGUUUGGCUCAGAAGAAGCAGCAGCUGGAAUUGAAAGAUGCAGAGGCGAAUGAGAAAUUGCAGCGCAUGGUCGCUGAUCAACGAGAAGCAGAGUCGAGGAAAACCGCCUCCAUUGAGAUACAGACUGCUCUGGAGAAGCAAGAGGUAGAGAUUGCCAGUCGCAAAGAGAUUGUGCUUGGUGAUCUAGCCAAAGCUGAGCCCGCCGUCAUCGAGGCGCAGCGAAGUGUCAGCAACAUCAAGAGACAGCAUCUUACCGAGGUUCGGUCAAUGGCAAAUCCGCCAUCCGGCGUCAAGCUCGCCUUAGAAUCAGUCUGUACAUUGCUCGGCCACAAGGUCGACAGUUGGAAGAGCAUCCAGGCAGUCGUUCGAAAAGACGACUUCAUUGCCAACAUCGUCAACUAUGAUAACGAGGAACACAUGACGCCGAGCCUCCGACAGAAGAUGCGUCACGACUAUCUCUCGAACGAUGACUUUACAUUCGAGAAGGUCAAUCGUGCAAGUAAGGCCUGCGGUCCCCUCGUGCAGUGGGUCGAGGCCCAAGUCAACUACUCUGAGAUCCUUGAUCGAGUUGGCCCAUUGCGUGCCGAGGUUGAGCAGCUCGAGGAUGAAGCCCUUCAGACCAAGGCCGAAGCGAAGGCGAUUGAAAACACAAUCACCAAACUGGAGGAGAGCAUCGGAACCUACAAGACGGAAUACGCCGCUCUCAUCAGUGAGACGCAGGCCAUCAAGAGUGAGAUGGCUCGAGUUCAGACCAAAGUCGAGCGCAGUCUCCGUCUUCUAGACAGUCUUUCGUCCGAACGCGUGAGAUGGGAAGCUGCCAGCAAAUCGUUCGAGACUCAAAUCCAAACACUCGUUGGCGACGUGGUCGUAGCAUCGGCAUUCCUUGCGUACGCAGGUCUGUACGAUCAGCAAUUCAGAAAGACGAUGGUUGAUGACUGGUUGCAUCAUAUGUCUCAAUCGGGGAUUUCGUGCAAGAGUGAAGGCUCGGUUCUGGGAUAUCUGUCGUCAGCCGACGAGCGGCUUCAAUGGCAGCGCCACGCCCUUCCUGCAGAUGACUUGUGCAUGGAAAACGCGAUCAUGCUGAAACGCUUCAACCGAUACCCCUUGAUCAUUGAUCCAUCGGGGAGAGUGACUGAAUUUCUGAAGCAGGAACAUCAAGGACGAAAAUUGACUGUCACCAGCUUCUUGGACGAUGCGUUUACCAAGCAGCUCGAAAGUGCCCUGCGCUUCGGUAACCCAAUCUUGAUUCAAGAUGCCGAGUACUUGGAUCCCAUCUUGACACACGUUUUGAACAAGGAGUACCAAAAGACCGGUGGACGUGUUCUCAUACAGCUGGGCAAGCAAGAGAUCGACUUCUCGGAACACUUCCAGCUCUAUCUGUCAACCAGAGACCCGUCUGCCGCCUUCGCCCCGGACGUGUGUAGCCGGACAAGUUUCAUCAAUUUCACGGUGACGCGAAGCAGUUUGCAGACGCAAUCCCUGAAUGAAGUUCUCAAAGCUGAGCGGCCGGACGUGGACAAGCGCCGUACCAACCUCGUCAAAAUGCAAGGUGAAUUUGAUACCAAUCUGCGGCAACUGGAGAAGAGACUCUUGCAAGCUCUCAACGAGUCUCGCGGCAAUAUCCUUGACGACGACAAUGUCAUACAAACUCUGGAAACGCUGAAGAAAGAGGCAGCUGUGAUCACCAAGAAGGUCACCGAGACAGAGGGUGUCAUGGCAGAAGUCCAACGCAUUACUCAAAGCUACAGCCGUGUUGCGAAUGCAUGCAGCGCCAUCUUCGCUCUGCUGGAGCAACUGCACCAUCUGAACCACAGCUAUCGGUUCUCUCUCCAAUACUUUGUUGACAUUUUCAACACCGUCCUCCACCACAACCCGCAUCUGAACAACACGACAGAUCAUCAGACACGCGGCGAGAUCAUUCUCAAGGACAUCUUUGUGGAGACAUAUCGCCGCACUUCUCUCUCCCUGCUACAGAAGGAUCGUAUCACCCUUGCACUGCUUCUUGUUCGAGCGACCCCGUAUGACUUUGACCGCUCCGCCAUGGAACUCAUCUUUGAGGAUCGUCCAGACUCACGGGGCGGAGUGCCUAACGAUGCCCAGGAGGAAGACAUUCUUGCUGCUGUAAAGCGACUUCCGAUAUUUGACCAAGACGCGUUGGACGCUAGCAGCAAUGAUUGGAAACACUUCCUCUCCGCCGAGCGUGCCGAAGAAUCUGUACCGGUGAUCUGGAACAACACUGACAAUGUCAUCGAUCAAAACCUCUACAAGUUACUGCUUAUCAAACUGGCCAGACCGGACAGAUUUCUGCCUGCCGCCGAAGAACUAGUCGGCAGUGUAUUUGGCUCCGACUUAUUCCAAGCUACGGACGACUUGGGAACAAUUGUCAAUCAGGUCACUGCGUCCGUCCCCAUCGCUCUUUGCUCGAAUCCUGGCUUUGACGCCAGCUACAAAGUGGAAGCCCUUGUCGAGAGGCAAAAUGCAACAUGUGCCAAUGUCGCCAUGGGCUCGGAUGAAAGUGCCACAAGUGCCGACAAGGCAAUCACAGGUGCUGCGGCCAACGGCACUUGGGUUUUGAUCAAGAACGUUCACCUUGCACCACAGUGGCUGCAGAGCCUCGAAAAACGCCUUUCCUCUUUGAAGCCUCACCAAGACUUCCGAUUGUUCUUGUCGAUGGAGUCAAGCCCCAAGAUACCGGUCAAUCUAAUCCAGGCAUCAAGGACACUCGUGUACGAACAACCAGCAGGGAUGAGGGCAAACAUGAAGGACACAUUGACAGUGCUCUCAGACCGAGGUGCGAAGACUCCCGUUGAAAGAGGGCGCCUGUACCUUCUUCUCUGUUUCCUACAUGCAGUCCUCCAAGAACGACUGCGAUACGCACCGGCCCUUGGGUGGAAAGGACUGUGGGAAUUCAACGACAGCGACUACGAGUGUUGUUCAUACAUUAUCGACUCCUGGAUUGAUACAGUCGCGCAAGGACGGUCGAACAUUGCCCCAGUGAAAUUACCUUGGGAUCUGAUUCGCACGUUGAUCACCGAGAUGUAUGGUGGCAAAAUUGACGACGAGGGAGACUUUUCCUUGCUCGGUCAGAUGGUGGGCAAGAUCUUUGGCCCUGCUGCCUACGAAAAUGAUCAUGAGUUGGUGUCCGAUUCUGAAGGGCACACUCUCAAAGUCCCAUCGGGGACAACGAUGAGAGACUUUCUAGGCUGGGUGGACAAUCUUCCGGAGCGUGAGCCGCCUGCGUAUCUGGGACUCCCUGCCAACGCAGAGAAAGUGUUACUGAUGGGCCAGGGACGAGAGAGCAUCAGCAACCUUGCACGCAUCAUGGAUCUUCUAGAAGAAGGGGAGCAAUCAUCGGCAGAUGAUCAGGCUCGGAGUCACGGCGAGGCCUGA